GCCGAAAUCUUUCAUCUUGACUGAUGAUCGACGUGUGAGCCUCUCGUGACCCAAACUGAUCAACGUCACACGAUCUCUUCUUAGAAUUCAAAUACUAAAAUCGUGAGAUUUGCAGAAAUUGUGAAUGAUGAUCAGUUUAAUCUCCGAGAGGUUCAUGCAACAGAUUAUACGAGUAAAGCUUUGUUUUCUGGUUUAACCACGAGAUCGUAUGAAAAUUGGUUUUGGAUUGAAAUGAUUCCGCAUAAUAUAAUAAAUAUAGAUUUAAAUUACAUGGUUUAAAAAUUUACAUAGUUUAACACAUCGCUACAAAUAAAAGCGGUAGUUUUUCGUGGGCUCUUCGUUAUCAGCACCCAAAGAUUUCAACUCUCACGCAUUUAGAAAAUCUCGAAAGUAGAUAUGUCUAUCAAAUUUAUGGAGAGAUCAUAGAAAUACGAGAUCUGUCCCAAAAGUAUCCGAUCUCCGCGUAUAUCUUUGUCCUUGGGCAUCCUGUUGUGGAAAACAGGCAUUCGGUAUUUAGAGGGGACCUUAAGGAGUAACAACAGCUGUUCAGUCGGCAACGAUACGUAGUUGUGUGAGCGUCGCAUUUCACAAUAAUGACCGAGCGCGUCGAGCAAAGAAUUUGCAUCAAAUUUUGCCACAAACUUGGCUACAAAUGUAACGAUACAAUCCGCAUGAUCCGAAAAGUUUUUGGUGAUGACUCUAUGAGUGAAUCACAAAUAUUCGUUUGGUUUAAACGGUUCAAAGAUGGUCGUGUCUCAGUGGACAAUGAGAGUUCUCGUUUCAGGACGAGAACAGCGGAAAACGUGGAACGUGUGCGAGUCGCGAUCAACGAAAAUCGUCGUUUGACUGCGCGAGAGUUAGUAAAGAACCUUGGGAUCGCAAAAACUAUUCUUUAUCAAAUUUUGGCUGAAGAUCUGGGAAUGAGCCACGUGACUACAAAAUACGUUCCACGAGUGCUAACGCAAGAGCAGAAGGAUUUUCGGGUUGAAGUUGCCGAAGACAUCCUGGAAUCCAUCAAAAAAGAUCCUGAAUUGCUCAAAAGAGUUAUUACUGGCGAUGAAAUGUGGGUUUAUAACUACGACCCUGAAACAGAAGCACGAUCAAAACAAGAGUCUCGACCCGAGACAGCAUGCCAGAGCAGUUGGAGCAACGUGAAGACAAUGCUCACUGUUUUCUUCGACCAAGAAGGUGUUGUACACCACGAAUAUGCUCCGCAAGGUCGCACAAAAAAUAUGAAGUAUUACUUGGCAGUCCUUAAACGAUUGCGUGACGCAGUGAGUAGCAAACGGCCGCUGUGGAAAAGUGGGAACUGGUUGCUGCACCACGAUAAUGCACAGUCAUCUCACCUGAUUCAGGAUUUCUUAACUAAACACGGUAUUGUCCAACUUUGCCAACCCCCGUCCAGUCCGGAUAUAGCCCCGUGUGACUUCUGGUUAUUUUCAAAGUUAAAACAUUCGUUGAAAGACAAACGAUGUGACGAUAUCGAGGAACUAAAACGACAUGCGACGACGGAGCUGUUGGCUAUCGCAACAAACGACUUCGAGAACUGCUUCCUGAAGUGGGUAGACCGCUGGGAGAAGGUCGUCGCUUCGAAAGGAGAGUACUGUGAAAACGACAGUAUUCACAUUACUCUGGAAUAGCUCUUUCUCACAAUAUGCGCGGACUUUUGGGACAGACCUCGUAUACAGAGACAGACUACCGCAACCAAGAGCUCGUUAAAUUAGCUUCGCUUCGAUACGGCGCCUUCAGGAAUGACGCCUGGCUCUGCGUGCUUCGCCUUAAGAUAACGCGCCUACUCCGCAUCCGCAUAUCUGCAUGCACAGCAUACAGCGCGUCUUUGUCGCGGCUUCCGCUUUCUAGCCAAACGCAUAACCGGCUUAAUCAGCCUCGCAUUAUCAACGU